AUGUUUCUGUUCCUCCCUCUCUCACCCUGUUCAUAGUCAGGCGCCGACUUUUUUUUUACGUCCCACCCGGAUCACAACAUAAGAACAUCAACAUGUCUGAGAAACUUCCCUUCAAAGUCGCCGACAUCAGCCUGGCUGAAUGGGGCCGUAAAGCCAUUGACAUUGCAGAGAAUGAGAUGCCCGGUCUGAUGAAGAUGAGGGAGCUAUACGGGCAAUCCAAGCCUCUGAAGGGUGCUCGCAUUGCCGGCUGUCUCCACAUGACCCUGCAGACCGCUGUGCUCAUUGAGACUCUCAUUGCCCUUGGAGCUGAGGUCCAAUGGUCUAGCUGUAACAUCUUCUCCACCCAGGACCAUGCUGCAGCUGCCAUUGCAAAGGCUGGCGUCCCAGUCUAUGCAUGGAAGGGUGAGACCGACGAGGAGUACGUCUGGUGUAUUGAACAGACUCUGUACUUCAGAGAUGGUCAGCCCCUCAACAUGAUCCUGGAUGAUGGAGGAGACCUCACCAACCUGGUCCACCAGAAAAACCCUAAACUGCUUGCAGGUAUCCGUGGAGUAUCUGAGGAGACGACAACAGGCGUCCACAACCUGUACAAGAUGCUGAAGAAAGGAGAACUGAAGAUCCCAGCCAUCAAUGUCAAUGACUCCGUCACCAAGAGUAAGUUCGACAACCUGUACGGCUGCAGGGAGAGCCUGAUUGAUGGUAUCAAAAGAGCCACAGAUGUCAUGAUUGCCGGUAAAGUUGCUGUGGUGGCGGGUUACGGUGACGUGGGCAAGGGCUGCGUCCAGGCCCUCAGGGGAUUCGGAGCUCGUGUCAUUGUGACCGAGGUUGACCCCAUCAACGCCCUCCAGGCUGCUAUGGAAGGCUAUGAGGUGACCACUAUGGAUGAAGCCUGUAAGGAAGGCAAUAUCUUUGUCACCACCACUGGCUGUGAAGACAUCAUAAUGGGAAAGCACUUCGAGCAAAUGAAAGAUGAUGCCAUUGUCUGUAACAUUGGACACUUUGACUGCGAGAUCGACAUGACCUGGCUCAAUGCCAAUGCGGCGGAGAAGAUCAACGUAAAGGCACAGGUGGACCGUUAUGUUAUGAAGAAUGGUCGUCAUAUCAUCGUCCUGGCAGAGGGCAGGUUGGUCAACCUGGGCUGUGCAAUGGGACACCCCUCCUUUGUCAUGAGCAAUUCCUUCACCAACCAGGUGCUGGCUCAGAUUGAGCUUUGGACCAACACCGCUAAGUACCCCCUCGGAGUCUAUUUCCUGCCCAAGAAGCUGGAUGAAGAGGUGGCAGCCGCCCAUCUGGACAAGCUUGGUGUGAAGCUUACUAAGCUGACAGAGAAGCAGGCCAAGUACCUGGGCCUCCCCCGUGAGGGCCCCUUCAAGCCAGAUCACUACCGCUACUGAGCCCUCUGCCCUGGCAUGGGAGGAGGCUGGGUCGGUUCUAGCUCGGCUGACGGGGCUUGAGAGUGAGGAGUUUUGGUUCUUGGUAGUGGUAAUUGGGAGGGAGGAAGCAGAGCACUUGUCACUAUACAAAAUGUCUAUUAAUAAAUUAUGCCAUGUUGCCAUUCUUUAGCUCCAAGAAGCGAUUGCAGCAGUUCUUUCAUGGUAUUUUAUCACCAUGUUGACAUGUCAGAUGCUCUAAAAGUCUGCAGGCGUUAUCGAGCAGGAUUUGGACAGUAAUGUGGCUACUGUGGACAAACUUCAAGAAACAAAGUCUCCGGGUGGGAAAGUGGACAUUUGAAAAUAUAAAGCGAUGUGGAUUAUCAGGUUUGUUCACCAUGUCAGGGUUUUUGAUGGGACAUCUUAUUUCAUCUUACCUUCCUGUCUCUUUUUUUAAGCUCCUGAUGAUUUACACCUAUUUGAUCAUUUACUUGGUGUGUAAAAAGUGAUCCACAAAAAAAAUUGGUUUCUCAUUGCACUUGUCAAGGAUGUUUGUUUUCUUGAGUCUGCAGCAAAAUGACCUCUGCAAUUUUUUUAGCUACUUUAUUAAUCCCUCACUACCUGUAUGUUUCACAGUACAAUCACACUGACACAACUUCCUUACCCCCCAUUGCCUCGACUGUCAGACCCUUCCUCCUCCUCCUCUUCCCCUCUCUCGCCAGUCUUACUGCAAUGCCAUUAAGUGCUACUGUCUGUAGCUUCUAAAGGCAUUCUCAACCUGAGCUAUCAUUCCUUCUCUACAUAUGGAAUAUUUCAAGAAAAUAAAAACCUUAUGCUUUUGAAGUUGAAAUUCCCUUUUUUGCUGUCCAGGUGCUGCUGAAGGCAACAGUACUUGUUCUCUCUCUCUCUCAAUUGGUAAACGGUAUCAUUUUUUUCUGUUCUGCGGCCCUAGUAUAGUCAUCUCAGUUUGGAUUUGAUGGUAGAAAAAGUGCUGCAAAUGUAAACAAACUUUUGAGGAGCGGUUGAUUAAAAUUUUGCAAACACGGUUUGUAUGGGAGAGCACUCACAAGGGCGUACAAACCUUGCUUUUUCCACCAUACAGUUAAUAGACCAUCAAGACAACUGUAAAGUUUUACUUAUAAAGAAACCCACUGCAGCGAAAACAACCACCAAAGCCUGACUUAAAAGAAAAUACUUUGUGUUCCCAUUUGGUUUUCUGUUUUUUUUUGUUUUGUUUUUUUCUCAUUUUGUAAUUAUGGAAUUUUGACUUGAAAGGAAAAUCCUGUAAUAUGUGAGAUGGACCUCCAUCCCUGUUCUCCUCAGUUGAUCUCUGGCCAAUCCCACAGGUUUUAAAUGGCGUUGGGGUAUAGCUGUGGUUUGUUAUGUUAAUGGUUACAUGUUUUAAGAUGAGAACAACUCGCUAUCAGAUACAACAGCAAUGUCAAAACUGUUAAACAUGAUGUAAUAAAAAAAUGUUGGAACUGG